CAUUUGACUUAGGGUGGCAAGUCUUUGGUCUCUUUGAUUUAUUAUUAUUAUUGCAAGCUGCACAAAAAUCCGGUAGCCAAUCUGAUCUAUGUUUUGAUCAAGAACAGAAUUAGGAAUUUCAUCUCCACCUUUCGCUUCAUUCUCUUCAAUUGUGAACCUUUGAUCCUUUCAUUGCUUAAAGUCUCUUUAGUUUGCUGGUGUUUUGUUUUACUCUGUUCUACUUUCCAUCAUCUCCAUCUUGUUUUCAUUUUUGUCCGAUCUUUUUCCUCUUGUCCUUUGUUUUGAUUUUUUUUUUCUUUUUGUUUUCAUUCCUUUUACUCGUAUCAUAUCUACUUCGUUAGAAUGCUUGUGCUAAACAGAAAAGAAAUAUAAAAAGCCCCAAAAAAAAGGGGAAAAAAAAAAAACUGCGUACUGAUUGCUUUUAAUAGAUAAGGAUUGUGUGGUUUAGUCUAUCAGACGGAGAAUAUAGUUGGUCUAUCUGUACGUGUUCUAAGGGUUAAGGAAUUUGAAGAGCUACUAGCUUCAUCUGUGACUUAAAGGAACUCAAUUUGUUAUCAUCGUAUUUUAUUUGGUUUAGUUGCUCCUAUCUGAGAAACACCACCCCACCCCAAAAAAAACAAAAAAAAAGUUGGAAAGUUCUGAAAGUGAGCAUGCAAGUUUUGUCUAUAAUUGGUGGAAAACUUACGGACUACGCCAUUGAACCGGUUGUACGGCAAGUGGGUUAUGUAAUUAACUUCAAGAGCAAUGUUGAAAAUCUAGAGACUCAACUUGAGCACUUACCCGAUGCUAAAACAAGGGUCGAACACUCUGUUGAGGAAGCAUUAAGAAAAGGCCACAGAAUCGAAGCUGAUGUGGAGAAGUGGAAGAAAAGCGUGGAUGAGAUCAUUAAAGAGGCAGAUGAAUUUAAAGAUGAAAACAAACUGAAGAAGAAGUGUCUUUUCGGAUUCUGUCCUAGUUCGAUUUCGUCGCGUUAUCGUCAAAGCAGGAAAGCAACAAAAAUUGCACAAAAGGUUGUUGAAAUCCGGAAGAGAGGAGAGUUUCUCAAUGGUGUUUCAUAUACCACUUCACCAAAGGAUAUAUGGACAACUGAUAGGUACCAGGUAUUUGAGUCAAGAAAUUCUUUUUUGAAUAAAAUUAUGGAGGAACUCAGAGAUCCUGAUAUCUAUGUGAUUGGAAUAUAUGGGAUGCCUGGUGUGGGGAAAAGCACACUCGUCAAAGAAGUUGCUAAUCAAGCAGUGAAGAACUUAUCCCUUGAUGUGGUGAUAGUAGAAGUCAAACAGAAUGCAGACGAAAAAGUAAUUCAAAAAGAAAUUGCCGCAAAGUUUGGUCCGGAGCUAGAUGAAAAUAUGAGUGUUGCAACAAGAGCACGCCUUCUAAGUGACCAGAUUAAAAAGAAGAAUAAAGUUCUCGUAAUUUUGGAUGACGUUUGCGAAAUGCUUAACUUGGAAAAGUUGGGACUUCCAUUUGGGAUCUGUAAAAUUCUGUUGACUUCAAGAAUCCGAGAUGUAUUAAUAUCCCCUGAGACUAGCAUGCAGAAAGAUUUUCGGCUGAAAGUUUUAGACGAACAAGAAACUUGGAGUUGGUUUAAUAGUAUAGUAGGUGAUGCUCUUAAAAACGUUGACAUUCGAGAAGUAGCAAUUGAAAUAGCCAAAAGAUGUGGUGGUUUGCCAAUUUUAGUUGUGACACUCGCAACAGCAUUAAAAAGUAAAAGCUUACGCUCAUGGAAAGAGGCUUUGAGACUUCAAAAAAAUUUUGAGGGAAAAGGAUUGCAAGACAAAGCGUACUCGGGCAUAGAGUGGUGUUACACAAAGUUGGAUGGUGAGGAUGUGAAGUCUUUGUUUUUGAUCUGUGGUAUGCUUGGAAGAAGGCACUAUUUACUUGACGACUUGUUCAAAUAUACAAAGGGUUUGGGUUUGAGUUUGUUCAAAGGCAUAAAAACAAUGGAAGAAGCACGUUGUAGAUUCCAUUCGUUGGUUGAGAAACUCCAUGACUCUUGUUUGUUAAUGCUAGAUACUAAUGAAGAACAGUUUACAAUGCAUGAUCUUACACAUGAUGUUGCCAGAGACAUUACAUCCAGAAAUCAGCAUUUCUUAUCAUUAGUAGAUGGAGAUGAUUUAAAGGAAUGGCCAAAAAAAGAUAUUCUUGAGCAGUACUCAUUAAUAUCUUUCAAUCAGAUUAAUAUCCCCAGACUUCCUGAACAGUUGGAUUGCCCAAAGCUGCAGCUCUUCAGUUUGUAUGCUACAGAAAAAUCAUUGACGAUUCCAAUCAACUUUUUUAAAGAGAUGAAAGAACUCAAAGUUUUAGAUUUAACCAAUAUCUGUAUUCCGUCACUGCCUCCAUCUCUUCAUUUUUUAACAAGUCUGCAAACAUUAUGUCUAUGUCAGUGCAGAUUGAGCAAUAUAUCUAUGGUUGGUGAGCUAAGAAGCUUGGAAAUUCUUAGCUUUCAGAAUUCCAAGUUUAAACUGUUACCCAAAGAAAUAGGGAAAUUGACUCGUCUACUGGUUUUGGAUUUGAGUAAUUGCUCUGAGCUUGAAGUGAUUCAUCCAGAUGUCAUAUCAAGCUUGACAAGAUUAGAAGAAUUGAAUAUGAAUUGCAACUUCAACCAGUGGGAAAAGGAAGGAAUCAAUAUCAAUGAAAGAAGUAAUGCUAGGGUUUCAGAGCUAAACCACUUACCCAACUUGACCACGUUAGACAUAAAUAUUAAAGAUGCUAGCCAGUUUCCAAGUUUGUCUGAGAAGUUGGUAAAUUUCAAGAUAUCUAUUGGUGACGUUUGGAAUAGGUCUGCUAAAUACACAACUUCAAGGACUCUGAAACUCAAGCUCUCUCCAACCAACAAAUUGGACCAAUGUCUUAAAACACUAAUGAAAAAAUCUGAAGAUUUAUACUUGGAUAUAUUGGAAGGAUUUGAAGAUAUUGUUGAUCAACUAGAUAUGGAUAGUUUUCCACGACUGAAGUAUCUGCAUGUCCAAAAUAAUCCAGUGAACUGCUGGAGUUCUUUGCGUAUUGAAUUCCCCAACUUAGAGGCAUUAUUUCUAUGCAACCUUAUUAAUUUGGAAAGUCUUUGCUCUGGCCAACUGCCGCUUGAGUCUUAUAAACACUUAACGACCAUAGAAGUGGAGAAGUGUCCCAAAUUGAAAAACCUCUUUUCUUUUUCAACUGUAUUCUCACACUUUUCGCAGCUUCAAGAAAUAAAAGUGGUUGAUUGCGAUAACAUGAAAGAGAUUGUUGUUGAAGAAAAAUAUGAAAAUUUGGAGGAUCAUGUAAAUGAUCGUAUUGAAUUUUGUCAAUUACAAACUUUGACACUACAAAGUCUUCCAGAGCUUACUUGUUUCGCCUCAAAUAAUGAGAUUGAUAGUUCCAUGGGACUUUUCAAUUAUAAGGUUGUGUUCCCCAAGUUGGAGAUGUUGAAACUAUUAUCCAUUCCUUUGAGUAAAUUUUGGGAUGGCCAGCUUUUAGCAAGAUCAUCUUGGGUUGAAAACUUAACAAGCUUGAUCGUGGAUGGUUGUGAUGGUUUACCAUUCUUGUUUUCGUCUUCCAUGGCUAUAAACUUUGUGCAACUCAAAAAGCUUCGGAUACGCAGAUGCCAAAAUAUGGUGGAUAUAAUAUCAACAGAAGCAUAUAAUGGCAUUGAAGAAAAGAUGGAUAACAUGUUUCCUAAACUAGAAUAUCUGGAGCUAUAUACUCUUGGAAACUUGGAAACAUUUUGCUCAUCAACAACUUACCUCAAAUUUUCAUGUUUGAAUUUCUUGUAUAUAAAGGAAUGCACUAAGCUAGGUUCCGUCAUCGUCGAUCGAAAUAUUCGAGAUGCUGCUCUGCACUAUUUGUUUGAUGCAAAGGUUGGUUUUCCUUGCUUGAAGAAAUUGGUUAUCAAAGGACUGCAUAAGUUGAUGACAAUAUGGCACACCCAUCUUGAUCCAAAUUCAUUUUCCAAACUCACUGAAAUCUGGGUUGAGGAUUGCCCAAGUUUAAUACAUAUUCUUGGGCCCGCUAUACUCCAAAGAUUGGACAGUACUGUGGAUCUUUUAAAUGUAUGGAAAUGUGAUUCAUUGCAAGUGGUAUUUAAUGUUAAAGAAGCAUCUGAUACAUUAUUAGCACCUCAUCAUUUGGAAAAAUUCAACUUUUGCCUUUGUGAAGUUGAUAUACGCAAUUGUAGAAGUCUGAAAAAUGUAUUUCCAGCCUCUUUGGUAAGAAAUAGAAAUCUUGGGAAGCUACAGAAGUUGUGGAUCUUUGAUUGUGAGAUGUUGGAGCAAAUCGUUGGUGAAGAAGUAGGAGUAGAAGAAGUGAUGGCUACCUUUGUGUUUCCAAGUACAAAGGAGGUAUUCCUUUUCAAUCUGCCGCAGCUCAGCAGUUUUUAUCCGGGGAGGCAUACUUCCAAGUGGCCGUCGCUCAUUGAAUUGGAGGUGACUGGAUGUUACAAACUAGAGGUUCUGGCUGCAGAAUCUUCAUGUUUUCAGCAACAACAUGAUACUUACAAACAAGUAUUCUUUUUAUAUGAAAAGGAUUCAUUCUCCAAUUUGAAAAACUUGACUUUGAGCAUAACGGAGACUUUGUGUGGUUCACUCCCUGUAGAUUUCUUUAAAAUAAAGAACAUCCUGGUUUACUGCGAACACAUUACAUCAGUUGUUCCUUUAUCUGUUUUCUUUAAGAAAUGUCACAAUCUCGAAACGCUUCGAAUGUUUAAUAAUGGAGAUAUUGAAGAAAUAUUUAUCUGUGAAGGAUCUUUGGAUGGGGAACAACAUCUAGUUGGGACAUUAUCACAGUUAAAAAAUCUCAAGAUUGUUGGAAUGCCGAAUCUGAUGCAUGUAUGGAAAGACAGCUCUCAUCUUGCAGGACCUCUUUUCCAAAAUUUGGAAACUCUACGAUUGCAUCACUGCCUAAGACUAGAGAAUAUAGUUUCAUCCGCUAUAUCCUACCGUAAUAUAGUGGAAUUGGAAGUAUUCGACUGUAAUGGACUGAAGCAUUUAGUCACAUACUCGGUCGCUAAAAGCUUCAACAAUCUUGAAAGAAUGAUAGUCAAAAACUGUGAAAGAAUGAUAGAAAUCGUUGAAAGUGAUAAAGACAGGGAUAUUGAUGUAGAAAAUGAAAUUACUUUCAGUCGGUUGCAAUAUAUGGAGCUGUCUGACCUACCAAAUCUGAAAGGCUUUUGCUGUCGGGAUUACAAUGUCAGAUUCCCUGUCUUGGAAACUUUAUUGGUGUCUAGUUGUCUAGAGAUGAAGAUUUCUUCUGAUGGAGUGCUCCUAGAUGAUUCCAAACGCGAAAGAAUACCAAUAGUAGAAGAAAAUUAUAAUGAUAAUUCUCAUAUAACGAAGGAAAGAGGGCUUUGUCGAUUUGAAGUUCGAUUUAUUGUAAGAAGCCAUACUUUAAAGGACGCUGGUGACUUCGCUUAAAUAGCCACAUAUGUAACUAAUUGGAACUAGGCCAUGUGGACAUGUGGGUAUACCAUAUAAUUGAGAAUAGCAGCCGCAUAGCCAAUCUCGUAUGCCUCUCUCUCUCUUUUGUUAGCUCUCCAUUGAAGAAUAUUGUCAAGGUUUGUUGGUUCUUUUGUUUUCUUUGAAAUUGUAGAAAUAUACUCAUAUAGUUUUCUAUUUGGUUUCUGCCCUUCGAAUCAGAGCGCAUUUGGUGUACUUGGGAUUUGGGGUUUUAUGAGAGUUUAUUAAACUUUUUUUU